GAGCUGCCAUCGGGCGCCUCUUGGGAGAGGCUCUUGCUGUCACCUUCCCUGAGGGCAUCGUGACUGGAGGGAUCACCAAUCCCAUCAUGCCCGGAGGGUAUGCCCUGGCAGGGGCUGCGGCCUUCUCAGGGGCUGUGACCCACACCAUCUCCACGGCCCUGCUGGCCUUCGAGCUGACUGGCCAGAUAGUGCAUGCGCUGCCCGUGCUGAUGGCGGUGCUGGCAGCCAACGCCAUUGCACAGAGCUGCCAGCCCUCCCUCUAUGAAGGCACCAUCCUCAUUAAGAAGCUGCCAUACCUGCCACGGAUCCUCGGCCGCGACAUUGGCUCCCACUGCGUGAGGGUGGAGCACUUCAUGAACCGCAGAAUCACCAUGCUGGCCAAGGACAUGCCACUAGAGGAGGUGGUCAAGGUCGUGACCUCCACAGACGUAGCCGAGUAUCCCCUGGUGGAGAGCACAGAGUCCCAGAUCCUGGUGGGCAUCGUGCGAAGGCCCCAGCUGGUGCAGGCCCUCCAGGUUGAGCCUUCUUCCUGGGCUCCGGGACAUCAGGUGGGUACUCUUGAGGGACGUGGGGAUGGGGUGGGGGUCGGCCAGCAGGGCUGGGAGGGGAUGGGCCUGCUGAUCUCCUGA